CUCGCAGCACGCAGGAGUGGCCCCCGGCAUCCCUACCCUCCUCCCCACCCCCACGCCACCCGCUCACCAGCUCGGCCACUGCUCGCGCUGGCUCGGCCGCCGCCACCGCCGCUAACGCCGCCAACGCCACCACAGCUUCCUCCGCUGCGGGGCCAAAGCCUUGAGUGUCAUUCAAGGGACAGCACAACCUCACCCAAGCUCUCCUACCUCUGCCCAGCCGUCCCUCUCAUCCUCCCCCUUCCUCCGCCACACUCCAUCCAAAGAAGAGGGAAAGCGCGGAGCAGAGGGAGAGAAAGGCAAAGUCUGCCACCCUCUUCCCUUGGCCCCCUUGCUCCUCCAUCCCGAUUUUGACUCCCAGACCCUCCUUCCCAACGGACCCUCAGGAACUGAGGAGACUCACCCUACUGCCAUGUCCAAAAGCUUGAAAAAGAAAAGCCACUGGACUAGCAAAGUCCACGAGAGUGUCAUUGGCAGAAACCCGGAGGGCCAGCUGGGCUUUGAACUGAAGGGGGGCGCCGAAAACGGACAGUUCCCCUACCUGGGGGAGGUGAAGCCGGGCAAGGUGGCCUAUGAAAGCGGCAGCAAGUUGGUGUCCGAGGAGCUGCUGCUGGAGGUGAACGAGACCCCCGUGGCGGGGCUCACCAUCAGGGAUGUUCUGGCCGUGAUCAAACACUGCAAGGACCCCCUCCGGCUCAAGUGUGUCAAGCAAGGAGGAAUUGUUGAUAAGGAUCUUCGUCACUACCUCAACUUAAGAUUUCAGAAGGGUUCUGUUGACCACGAACUACAGCAAAUCAUCCGUGACAACCUCUACCUCCGCACAGUGCCAUGCACCACAAGGCCACAUAAGGAGGGUGAGGUCCCUGGAGUGGACUACAUUUUCAUAACCGUUGAGGACUUUAUGGAAUUGGAGAAAAGCGGUGCUCUCCUAGAAAGUGGGACCUAUGAAGACAACUAUUACGGCACUCCAAAGCCUCCAGCUGAACCAGCACCAUUAUUAUUAAAUGUAACAGACCAGAUACUCCCGGGAGCUACUCCAAGUGCUGAGGGGAAGCGGAAAAGAAAUAAGUCUGUGACCAACAUGGAGAAAGCAAGUAUAGAGCCACCGGAGGAGGAGGAGGAAGAAAGGCCUGUGGUCAACGGAAAUGGCGUCGUCAUAACACCAGAAUCCAGUGAACAUGAAGACAAAAGUGCAGGUGCCUCAGGGGAGACCCCCUCCCAGCCUUACCCUGCACCAGUGUACAGUCAGCCUGAAGAGCUCAAGGACCAGAUGGAUGAUACAAAGUCAACAAAGCCCGAGGAGAAUGAGGACUCCGACCCAUUGCCUGAUAACUGGGAAAUGGCCUACACAGAGAAGGGUGAAGUCUACUUCAUUGACCAUAACACAAAGACAACAUCAUGGCUGGAUCCACGACUUGCCAAAAAGGCUAAGCCUGCAGAGGAGUGCAAGGAAAAUGAGCUUCCAUAUGGCUGGGAAAAAAUCGAUGAUCCUAUAUAUGGCACUUACUAUGUCGACCACAUAAAUAGAAGAACACAGUUUGAAAACCCUGUCCUGGAAGCAAAAAGGAAGCUACAGCAACAUAACAUGCCCCACACAGAACUUGGAACAAAGCCCCUGCAGGCCCCAGGUUUCCGAGAAAAGCCACUCUUCACCCGGGAUGCAUCCCAGUUGAAGGGAACAUUCCUCAGCACCACCCUCAAAAAGAGCAACAUGGGCUUUGGGUUUACGAUCAUCGGUGGAGAUGAGCCGGACGAGUUUCUACAGGUGAAGAGUGUGAUCCCGGAUGGGCCCGCCGCACAGGAUGGGAAAAUGGAGACAGGUGAUGUCAUUGUCUAUAUUAAUGAAGUUUGUGUCCUUGGACACACUCAUGCAGAUGUUGUCAAACUUUUCCAGUCUGUUCCUAUUGGUCAGAGCGUCAACCUGGUGUUGUGUCGUGGCUACCCUUUGCCCUUUGAUCCUGAAGACCCUGCCAACAGCAUGGUGCCACCCCUUGCAAUAAUGGAGAGGCCACCUCCGGUGAUGGUCAAUGGAAGACAUAACUAUGAAACAUAUUUGGAAUACAUUUCUCGGACCUCACAGUCGGUCCCAGAUAUUACAGACCGGCCACCUCAUUCUUUGCACUCCAUGCCAGCUGAUGGCCAACUAGAUGGCACAUAUCCACCACCCGUCCACGAUGACAAUGUGUCUGUGGCUUCAUCUGGAGCCACUCAAGCUGAACUUAUGACCUUAACCAUUGUGAAAGGUGCCCAGGGAUUUGGCUUUACUAUUGCCGACAGUCCCACGGGACAGCGGGUGAAACAAAUACUUGACAUUCAGGGAUGCCCCGGGCUGUGUGAAGGAGACCUCAUUGUUGAGAUCAACCAACAGAAUGUACAGAACCUGAGCCAUACAGAAGUGGUGGAUAUACUUAAGGACUGCCCCGUCGGAAGUGAGACUUCUCUAAUCAUCCAUCGAGGAGGUUUCUUUUCUCCAUGGAAAACUCCAAAGCCUAUGGUGGACCGGUGGGAGAACCAAGGCAGCCCUCAAACAAGUUUAUCUGCUCCGGCCGUCCCACAGAGCCUGCCCUUCCCACCUGCCCUUCAUAGGAGCUCCUUUCCUGACUCAACAGAGGCCUUUGACCCACGGAAGCCUGACCCGUAUGAGCUCUACGAGAAAUCGAGAGCCAUUUAUGAAAGUAGGCCAUCCUGGAUCUGAGCAAAGCAGACGCCUCAACCACCGGCAUCUUCCUUUGCCAGCCCCCCAGGGAGCUUUGUAUCUCUCAGCAGCAGCAGCAGCAGCAGCAGCAGCAGCAGCAGCAGCAGCAGCAGCAGCAGCAGCAGCAAGAACAACAGUCCCUCCCACAGAGCCUGAGCCCACAGCAGUGCUAAGCCCACCCACCUCUGUGUCCAUCAACCCUCUAAGGUUUCAAGGUCACAGGCAGUGUUUUCAGGUCAUGCCCCUUGGGAAGCUCAUUUCCUCCCCUCCUGGGCUUCUCUUCCUCCUGGUUACUUCAUAACACUCAAUAAGGUGUGAAUGAAACCCAGAAACCACGUGAAGGUAAGAAAAACUCUGUCCCUGAAGGCAGGGGGAGCCUUGUGAGCACAGGCUUGUAUACUCACCACACAAGCAGGCAGCCUUUGGUCCUCUCUACCCUGCUCACUUCCAAAUACAAAAACGUUUCACUCUCACAUUUUUUAGAGGAAUGCAUUUUUUGGUUUAUUUAGACAGUCUCACAAAAUUGCCCAAGCUAACUUUAAACUGGCAGCCUCCCCCCUCAGCUUCCCAAACAGUUGUACUGCAUCGAUGCUAUGAAGUAGUAACUAAUAAUUGGAAAGCCCAGCCUAAGCCUCACCUUCACACAGGACUUUCAACGCAAUGAUCAGGAAGCACGUCAGGCCCAAAUAAAAGUCCAGACUUAACAAUUUCUCAUUGCAAAACCCCUCUGCACAUUCCUUUGAAUCGCUUCAAGUUUAGAUCCACCGUUGCUUCUGCCCGGAAGAUUCUUCCCGAGAGAAAACACAAUUGGUGAGAGAGGGGGGGAAAGUACAGACUAGAAUCCUACUCUGAUCAGGAGAACCCUUUGAAGUUUUCCCUGGUUUGGUACAGAUCCUGGUAUCCUCCCUUACAACCCUGCCAAGGACAUACCAAGAUUUUCACUUUCACACUUGGACUGGGUCACAGCCCCCAAACAGAAAGACGCUCCUCCGCCUACAAUCCUGAGCUCUGCAGAGCUCUAGAAGGUUUGGGGUCUGUACGUUUGUAUUUGGAUGCAAGUCACCGCUCCCCCUGCAAAUGACGGGAAUUUAUCAAAGGAUGUAAAUGCUGCCGAGCCUCAUUUGUCUCCUAAUUAGAUUAAGUUGACAGUUUGAUGUACGUGCACAGGACAUCUUAAUAAAGACGUGUUCCUUGGGGGAAACUGUGAUUUUAAACAAAGGCGGCCAUAGGCUAGUAGAACCCCAUGAAGCGGAGCCUGACAGGUGGGUAAUCUGAGAGGAAGCCAGCACCACCUCCCAUCUCCAGGAGAUGCUCUAAGAUGAGGAGACACCUUUAAAAAGGACAGAAAGGAAGAGCCUUCACCCACAGGCAGGCGCCGCCUUUCAUUUGAGAGCGCUGUGCCCAGAGAUGGCCCCCAAGGACCCGCAUCAAUCAGCAAGAAUGUACAAAGAAUGUGUGUCUAAAACUCUGGUAGGCACUCAAGAGAGAAAAUUCACACACACACACACACACACACACACACACACACACACACACACAAAUCUAAUUAGAAAAUUAAGGUGAAACACAUAGAGAAACAGUUUCUAAACGAGACUGCCUUGUGGAACACAGUAAAUGGUAACAUCGGGACUUGAAUGUGUGCAUUGGUACAGCAAAAAUAACUACGAAUGCUGGUGGUUUCCCAGCUUCCGUGUACAAGCCCACCUUGGCCCGUGGAUAAGCAUGCUAGGAUGGCCUUUCCGAUGAGCCUCAUUAAGGCAGGGGCUUUCUUUGCAAGCACAAAAGGAACAACUUAAGUAUCCAGUUUGCAAGCACUCCUAACGGUCGGCCAUGUCUGAGGUUUCCAACAGGGAGUGAGAAAGUUAUUCCAAAUAGCCCUUACUGCUUCAUCCCUCCCCACAUGUUCUGUGUGCAUGGUGCUAGCCUUGUUCCAACCCCGGAUUUCCCAAGGGAAAAUGGUUUUUGAUGAUAAAUAUAGUAAGAAAUAAGACCGUGUGGGGGUAACCUCAUCUGAGAGUUUCCUGGGCUGCCCUGGUCUUGAUGGUCCUGUUAUGGUUAUUAAUAGUGUCUCUGUCAUUCUCCAGAGGUCAGCCUUAUUUGAGUGAUGAGUCAUAUAAUUUUCAUUUACUGCACGGCCUAUUCAAGAACUAGCCUUCCUGACUAAGAAACGAGUAUUUCCAACGUACAGAUCCUGGCAAUAAGUUUUAGCAUUAAAACUAAGAAAAAUACUUAGUUCCUUAGUGAAGUAAUUUAUUUAACUAAUAAAGUUUUUUGCCUCUACAAGUUUUAUCUCUAAUCUUAGGAUGACUUUUGCGGUGGCUUGUUUCGGUAGUCAAAUCUCUGGUGAACGCCAUACCCCUGCCCCCUAUAACCUAGAAACCAUAGAUAUGUUCAGAUCUUAAACAUGUCGAACUUAAAUAGAGAACCAUUGGCGAGGAAGUCUUGCACAGUUAGUAUCAGGUCAUUCGAGUUCUUAACAACCAGGCUAAAUCCAAUUCAACACUGCAAUAACCCUGCACAGAAAGACACUUAAUCUUGCCCAUCUCUGCCCGAUAGGAAGGAUUGCAUCUAGAUAACAACAGAUGCCAAUCACUCGUCCUCCUCCUGGGGUUGGCAAGGCAACCUGAAGAACUUUCCCAGAGAAAGUGAGUGCUGCUCACUUCGGGCUCUUACAACGUAACACUCCCACUAUUCUAAGGAAGCUUGACAGCUGAGGAAAGGAGAGGCCUGUCUUAUUACCUCGUUUUUCCUAAGGCCAGGUUUAGUCCAAGAGUUUAGCUUUUCAGUAUUAAGUUGUAGGGAGAUUUCCUGAACCCACUCCAAAAUGCAGCUGAAGCAGAAGAGGGUCUAACCUGGAAUAGCGAAUGAAAAGCUUCAUCCCUUGACACUCUCCCUCACUGCCUGUCCCUUGCUCUGAAGCAGAAGGGACUCACCGCGAAGGUGGUGCCAAACUUGUUCGUCUCUUCGCAUUGAACCUUGGUUACUCUAAAUAGUCAUUUAAGAAGUUCAACCCGUCCACGCUCCUCUGUGAUAUCACUCAAGAGUAUGACCAUGGACAUGUCAAGGGCCCGUCUCUCUGAUGACUCUGAAGGUGGAACAUCUUUAAAAGCGGAAGUUCUCUGGAGUCUCUCCAGGAAGAGCUCACAACCAUUGACUUUUCUUUCCAGAAAUUAGAAACCAUAAUAAACCACCUGGGUCUCCCUGGCAAAGCAGCCACCAGAGGUGCCCACAGGUCACAGCCUAGUGGAGAUGCAAGGGUUUUUUCAGUAGCGCCCCCAAAAUGAAAUUAUAAUCUGUAACAGAUCAAGGUAGACAAACGUGUCUGCCACACUAUGGCUUCUCCCCUUCCCUUUGGUCAUUCAUUCUUGAGCUGUCCUAGUGCACACACAGCUCAUUUUCUUGGCAGACAAGUACUUAUAUUUCCCAAGGGUAAGUUCCUUCUUUGUUAUUAGUCAACAACGGGUGGAGUUUGCAAUGCCCCUUAUCCUAAUCAAAGAGUCAUUAGGCAAAAUGACGCCACCUACCACAGUACACUCCCAGAGACUCAGGAAAGUGAUCUUGGAGUGGCUGCAUCACACAAGGCAGUAACUUUCCCCAGCACUCAGAAUGAGAGGCCUCAAGCACAUGGGAGUCCUUCACUUGAGCUGGCCUGACCCCACCACCCCUUCUCCACAGGAUACAAUGCUUGAUACUGCAUCCUGGAAAGGACCGGUGUGUGGAGGGCUCUAAUGCAGGCAGGUAUUUAAGUAACCGUAAGAGUGAACCCAGGGAGCACACUUGCACCUGAACAUGGGCCUUACCCCUCGUCCACUGCCUAGACAGUGAUGCUGUUCCGCACCCUUAAUUAAAUUACCUCUCCUAUGUGUUCUCUUAAGAACAAUCUUAUUUUAGUAAACUAUUAAAAUAAGAUGAGAUGUUAAAAGUGUUCAGACACUUUUACCUGCAGCUUAACAUUGGAAUCAUAAGACGAGUGAAAAUAUAGUACAUUAUAAUUUUAAUACCCUCAACUGUACUAUAAAUGCAAAUUUUUUCUCUGCCUUUUAUCACUGUAUUCUUGGAGUGAUUUAUGUUUAUGAUUUGACCCAUGGGGGGGAAACUGUCUUUUAGUUGGCACUUCUAAUAUACCACUUUGCCUUUGUAACAUUUUGGAAAAUGAGAUCGAUGAGUCCAUUAAAGCUGUGUUUGCCACUUUUGAUACAUAGAUCUUGAUUAGUUCGGAAAUGUGAUCUCAAAAAUGGUAUCUUUAGGAAGCUGUCUAGAAAACUUUGAUAUAUCUUUAUAUCUAUCGGCUUCCUUGUAGACUAAGAAACCACCACGACGUGAGCUGGUGAUAGACACUAAGAGAAACGCGCUACAGCACAGCUUCUCGGAUUUGCAAGAUUAGAUAUAAUGUCGUGGUUUGUGAAUUUAUUCUACUCAGUAAUUUAGAGCUUGGUGCUUCUGUAGUUAGAUGAAGGGUGGAAGAGUAGAAAACAGUGAAAACUAGGACCAAAACGUAGUCCUUAUGUGAGAGUUCUUUAGUGUCAAGCGUAUGUUAGUGCAGAUUCCCUGUGUAACCCAAAA